CUAGGAGUGCCCUGGAGGGGCCUCUGGCUUCGAGCGACAAGUAUGAAUGACAUACCUAUCGCUCUACCGGGUCUCGAUUCUAUAGUUUGGAUAAAUGUGUGCGGCGCCGAGAUACGUGGUAUUAUAGCUGUCUGGGAACGUAAUGAAAGGCACCUGGCUCGAUGACUAUAAUUCCAGGCGCGUGGCCGUCCGCCGGCGACCUCUGUAUAGUUACUAUGUGGUGGUAGCUUCUAUAGCGCUGGCAGCGAUGAUAUUACUAUUUGGGUAUGACUCGUUACUAUUGCAGCUAUCAAGACAUGUCCACUUUCUCGCGGAACCAUCUGCGCCAGUUGAGACAGCGUUCAGCUGGAGCAAGAUCGUACCAUCACCGGCACUGGAAUAUCACCACUGCUUCGACGGUUUCCAAUGUGCUCGACUUGAAGUGCCAAUGGGCUACCACCGUACAGAUGGACUGGGGAAACGAUUUGCCAUUGCAAUUACUCGUCUCCCAGCAAAAGUACCGGUUACUGACCCUCGCUAUGGGGGUGCUGUCCUCAUCAAUCCAGGAGGGCCCGGUGGUUCUGGGGUAGCCCAAGUCCUAAGUACGGGUCGCAACCUACAAACAAUCAUUGACGCUGAAGUCGGGCCUAGUCCGGAAAUGACCCCUGGUUUCAAUCCAUUAUACUUCGACAUUAUUGGAUUUGAUCCACGGGGUGUCAAUAAUACUACCCCGGGGUUCAGCUGCUUCCCAAGCAUCUUUUCGGAGAGAAACUUUGAGCUGCAGGCUGAGGCCGACGGCAUGCUAGGUAGUUCGUCCAGCUCUUUAAUGCGCAAUUGGCAACGCAUGCUUGCUCUCACACAAAGUUGUUCAGACAGUCUUUUGAACAAGGGUGAUGACCCAAACAGCGAAGCUAUCGGCGAACAUGUGAAUACGUCACCCGUUGCCCGCGACAUGUUGGAGAUCACCGAAAGACACGCAGAGUGGCGCGAGAAGCAGGGGCUUGAACAGCAACGAGAGGAAGACCGAAUCAAUGGCUAUAAUCCCGGGCAGACGAUUGCCAGUCGGACCCGUUGGAAUCGUGGAGAAGAAAAGGUCUUGUAUUGGGGCCGGUCCUAUGGCACCGUUUUAGGUGCCACUUUUGCGGCGAUGUAUCCGGACCGAGUUGGACGCGUUGUGUUAGACGGGGUAGUUGAUUUGCACAAAUAUUACUCCGGCGAAGGAGUAAACAGUGUCAUAGAUGCAGAUGCCAUCUUUGAUCGUUUCUUCUACUAUUGCGAUAUGGCGGGGUCGGUGGCCUGCCCCUUCUAUGUUAACGGCGGCCCGGCGAGUAUCAAAUCGGCUUAUUAUGCAAUCCAGUCUCAACUAUUAAACGCGUCCAUUCCAGUUUCUGCUUCUAGCUCGCGAGGACCAGAGGUCGUUACUUGGACCGAUUUGAAGACGAUCCAGCGAAUUUCUGUGUAUCAGCCGCUUUCUGUCUUCCCAUUAUUUGCAAAAAUUUUGAGUGAACUCAGGGACAAGAAUGGCUCUUCCUUGGCUACAUUCAAGCAACGAAAUCGCAAACCGUCUUGUCUGUCCGAUGAAUGCUUGAACAGUGGGCUCUGGUCUCAGGAAUGCACAGGUCCCAGCACAGGUGAAGCCUACUCCACGCAAGCCAUUCUGUGUACGGAUGCAGAAUAUGCAAAAAAUACGGACAUGGGCGCUUUCAAUGAACUGUGGAGCGAUUUACGAGUAGAUAGUGAAACUAUUGGCGAUUAUUGGGCCUCAAUCCUUCUUGACUGUGCUGGUUGGAAGGCCGCUGCAAAGUGGAGGUUUAAUGGUCCAUUUUCAGGAAAUACUUCACACCCUCUCCUUUUUGUCAGCACUUCCUUAGACCCAGUAACUCCUCUUUCAAGUGCAAAGAAAAUGUCUAAAAGCUUUCCCGGGUCUGUUGUACUUGAGCAACAGUCUGAGGGCCACACGACUAUCUCGACUCCUUCACUAUGUGUCGCUCGACUGAUCCGCAAUUACUUCCAAACGGGUCAACUGCCGGCCGCCGGUACUCUUUGUCCAGUGGAUAUCAAACCACUUAUUGGUGUUCCUGAAAGUGAAGCCGGUGUGAAUAAAUUCAACGAUAUGAGUUCGGCAGAUCGUUAUUUAUACGAUGCUCUUCUAACGCAGAUGCAUAUCCACCUACCCAGCGCAAAUCUACCGUUAUGAAAUUUAGUUUUGGAAUGGGGCUUUCGCUAAUGUCUGAUAAUGAGGUAUCGAAUAAGGAUAUAAAAAAGGAGAAUAAAUAGUCUAUGUGCAGUUUACUUGGAUUUCUACGUCAUUGAUUUAACCAUAUGAAUUGAUAUCGUUAAAUAAUCAA